AUUGAACCGACGCAGAAGAUUAGAGAUUUUGGUGUGAAAUUGAAACUUGCGCCGGUUAGGGGUGUUAUCGAAGGUAAAAGAGUUGUUGUUGUUGACGAUUCAAUUGUUAGAGGAACAAUAUCUUCGAAAAUUGUAAGGUUGUUGAAAGAAGCUGGAGCAACAGAAGUUCAUAUGAGAAUCGCGAGUCCACCAAUGGUUGCUUCUUGUUAUUAUGGAGUUGAUACACCAAAUGCAGAGGAGUUGAUUUCGAAAAGGUUGAGUAUCGAAGAAACUAGGAAGUACAUUGGGUGUGACUUGCUUGCUUUUCUUCCAUUUGAUAGCUUGACGGAAUUACUCAAGGAAGAUUCGUCUGGUUUUUGCUAUGCUUGUUUCACUGGGAAUUACCCUGUUUCACCAGAACGCAAGGCGGUUAAAGUGUAAAAGGCAGGUGAUUUUGUCGACCAUGUGUUGAAUGGAGAGUUUAACUGACUAGGGGUUCUUUUGGUUUUAAUUUUUGUUUGGAUUCUAAAACGGUUGUUUUCUUUUUAGUUAUUGGUAGGCAGAAAAUUAAGAAUACAGGUUAGAGGGAACUGGGUAUCUUUUGAAUAUCUUCCUUUACAAUUCAAUUCUUUUUAUAUGAUGCUCUAUCAUUCAGGUCUCCAAAUCGAAUUUGAUGAUUAAAAGUGUAUAACAUUGAUGAAUGAAAUGUCUACUUUGUUACUUGUUUGUU